UCUUACCUGGAAAAAAAAUAAUAUGUUUUAAUAAUGACGACUUGCCUGCUGUGAUUUAUUUUGUGUUUUAUUUUUACUUACCAUCUGUCCUUCCAGAGUGACAUGCAGAGUGACACCAUUUGUCCACGUCUCCUCUUCCCACUGCUCCCAUGACAGACAUCUGUAGGAAUGACAUGAGUGAGGCCUCUUUGGGUGUCAUCAGUCUCUUUGUUCGACUCCGAGGGGACGAACCUGUUAUAAGGAGUCAGUUUGCCGAUGGUGAUGGGGGUCUGCUGAGCAUCGUAGAGGUCCGCGUUGACGCAGAUUCUGUCCCGCCACGGUCCGCUGCUAAACAGCACCACUUGGUGGACAGUCGGCGGAACUGCAACUGACACACGACGUUUCCGAAUUCUUCAUUGGUGUCCCGUUAAACCUCUGGCUGGUCUGGAUCAUCCUCAAGAGAAGGUCAUCACGCUUCUUAGUUAUCCAUCAUCAUCAUCAUCAUACUAGCCGCUGAGAAAAGAUUGUUUUUAUGUUAAAGGUCAAAGUUUGGAAGCAUCUUACUGACAGACUUCUUCCCCUUGUCCUUGGCUGUCAUACACGUGUCCUUCUAUCUCAUGGUUCCCCUCUUGUUUUUCAACCACUACCUUUGGCAAAGUUUCCCGGUGAUGGUCAUGAUAACUGUCAUCAUCUCAUCAAUGACAAUUUUAAAGCCAAUGAUCCUCUGUCUGGUGUGCGUGGAGAGCUACCUGGCUGUGGUACGACCUCUGGACUUUCUCAGGUUCAGGGCCUUGAAGUACAGAUGGGGAGCACUGGCUGCCACGGGUUGUCUUAACUUCCUGUUUGCCGGGGCUACUAUCACCCACGAGUCCAGCGUUCCAGUGUCCACGAUGUUCCUCAUGGUUCUGGCUGUGGACACCUUCUGUACCGUUGCCGUCCUGAAAACGUUGAAACAAACACCACCAGGUGACAGACAGAAAAGUCACAAAAAACAGAAAUGCAGUCAGCUGGGGGAUGCGAGGAUGGAGACCCCAGCGAUGACGAGGAGUGGGUGCAAGCCCAGGAGGAAGAGGGAGAUGCAUUUCAUAAAGAGGAAAGCCUCCAUCACCAUCGUCACCAUACAGGUGGUCCUCACAAUCAACUACCUCCCCUUCAUCAUCACCUUACUUCUGUGCAGAUUGGUGCCUGCUCAGGUUUUAAGGUGUCAGUUCAAUGCCAUCGCCACAGCUGCAUCCGUUAGCUUUAGCUACGUGCAGCCGCUCCUCUACUUGCACAACAUGGCCCGACACCAUAAGAACACUUAGAUCCAAACUUUUAUUAAGGCAGCCAUCAUCAAGCAUUGUCAUCAACAAAAAGGAGAAGUCCGAUUUGCUUUGUCGACAAUGUACGCUGAUUUGUCAUGUACUGUAUGUGUAAUCCUUGGAUAUACAGAAUACUGGAAAGCCAUCUUUCAAUGUCAACUGGAGUCUAAUAUGUAAU